UGUGUGUGUGUGUGUGUGCGGGCGUGCGGCGCGCGCGCGCGCAACUUCUCAGAGUGUACGCGCAAACUUUACCCGCGCACCUCCAGAAGUUUCUCCUCGUGCGUCUGUGUGUCUUUCUGAACUUCUCCAACGGAGGAUUUGCUGCUCGGAUCAACUCAAUGGAAAAGUUUUUUCUAUGUGCUAAGGAGACUAAUUAAGACGCGUCUUUUUGAAUUUGUUCACUCGCACGUACAUACGAACGCACGCGCAAAAAAAGAGGAAUAUUAUACCCGUUAGAGUUUGAUGUUGCCGGAUUUCGACUGCGCACCUAUGCCCGGGUCAGCGGUAUGAGAUGCGGAUGAAUGGAGAUUUAAACUUUUGUUGAGUGAAGUCCACGCGUCUUGGAGGAGUUUUUGGAUAACUUGCGGAGAAUUCGUUUUAAAUUGAAUUCGAUUUGUAAUUUUUUAUUUUUUUUAUUCAUUAUUCUUUUUUUUACGGGACGGAACCGAUUUUGGAACAGACACCGGAUAUUUUCUAAAAAAAAAAAAAAACAAACGAUUUUUCCCCCAUCUUUUUCUUGCCCCUUGCGAACCCCAGCUGUGGGUACGAUGGCACCGGGUGCGCGCGACAUGCGCCCGGGUCUCCAGCGCGGCUUCUUAUUGGCUCUGCUGUGCGGCUUGCUGUGCCUGGUCGCGACGCGCGCGUGUCCGCACAAGUGCAGCUGCUCGGGCUCGCACGUAGACUGCCAGGCGCAGGGCUUCAAGAGUGUACCGAGGGGCAUUCCGAGAAACACCGAGCGUCUAGACCUGGACAGGAAUAACAUUACAAGGAUCACCAAGGUGGACUUCUCUGGACUCAAAAACCUCCGUGUUCUGCAUUUGGAGAACAAUCAGAUCAGUGUGAUUGAAAGAGGAGCUUUCCAGGACCUCAAACAGCUUGAGAGGCUGCGGCUGAACCGGAACCGGCUGCAGGUUCUGCCGGAGCUGCUAUUCCAGUCCACACCCAAGCUGGGUCGCCUGGACCUGAGUGAGAAUCAGAUACAGGCCGUCCCUCGCAAGGGGUUCCGUGGAAUCACCAAUGUCAAGAACCUGCAACUGGACAGCAACCACAUCAGCUGCAUUGAAGAUGGAGCCUUCCGAGCCCUGCGCGAUCUGGAGAUACUCACUCUCAACAACAACAACAUCACCCUUAUUCCGCUGUCCAGCUUCAACCACAUGCCCAAGCUGCGGACUCUCCGUCUGCACUCCAACAACCUGCACUGUGACUGCCACCUGUCAUGGCUCUCCGAUUGGCUGCGGCAAAGACGAGGUCUGGCCCCCUUCACUCAGUGCAUGUCCCCCACCCACAUGAGAGGCCUCAAUGUCCCUGAUGUGCAGAAACGGGAAUUCAUUUGUACAGGCCCUACUCAGUCAGAGCCGAGAUCUUGCGCUCCCCAAGCGUCUGUCUGUCCUGCCAGCUGCACCUGCAACAACAACAUCGUGGACUGUAGGAGAAAAGGCCUUACAGAAAUCCCAGCCAAUUUGCCUGAGGGCAUUGUAGAAAUUCGUCUGGAACAAAACCUGAUUAAGAGCAUUCCACCUGGGGCUUUCUCUCCAUAUAAGAAGCUGAAAAGAAUAGAUCUGAGCAAGAAUCAGAUUUCAGACAUCGCUGAUGAUGCCUUCAGCGGCCUUCGCUCCCUCACCUCACUGGUUCUGUAUGGAAACAAAAUUGCUGAGAUCCCCAAAGGCUUGUUUGAUGGCCUUGUCUCUCUGCAACUGCUGCUGCUUAACGCCAACAAGAUCAACUGCCUGAGGGUGAACACGUUCAAAGACCUGCAGAGUCUCAAUCUGCUCUCUCUCUAUGACAACAAGCUGCAGACCAUCAGCAAAGGCCUGUUUACCCCACUGCGCUCCAUCAAGACCCUACAUCUCGCUCAGAAUCCCUUCAUGUGUGACUGCCACCUGAAGUGGCUGGCUGACUACCUGUUUGACAACCCCAUCGAGACGAGUGGGGCACGCUGCAGCCACCCGCGCCGCCUCGCCAACAAGCGCAUCAGUCAGAUCAAGGGCAAGAAGUUCCGUUGCACAGGUUCAGAGGACUACCGGAGUCGUCUAACAGGCGAGUGUUUCCAGGACCUGGUUUGCCCUGAACGCUGUCGCUGUGAGGGAACCGUGGUGGAUUGUUCCAACCUUAAACUCACCAGCAUCCCUCCCCACCUUCCUGAACACACCACUGAUCUGCGCCUAAACGACAAUGAAAUCUCAUCUCUGGACACCAUGGGGGCCUUUAAGAAGCUCCCAAACCUUAGGAAGAUAAACCUGAGUAACAAUAAGCUGCGGGAGAUUCGGGAGGGUGUGUUUGAUGGCGCUGGAGGCGUCCUUGAGCUCCUACUCACUGGAAACAAGCUACCGGCCGUCCAAGGGCGCAUGUUCAGAGGACUGAGUGGCCUUAAAACCCUGAUGCUGAGGAGCAAUCAGAUCACCUGUGUGGACAACACCACUUUUACAGGCCUCAGCUCAGUACGUCUUCUGUCUCUCUACGACAAUCGCAUCUCCACUAUCGUCCCAGGAGCCUUCUUCACCCUGCACUCCCUGUCAACCAUCAACCUGCUGUCCAACCCAUAUGUGUGUGAUUGUCACUUGGCAUGGCUAGGCCAGUGGCUGAAGAAAACCAGGGUGGUGAGUGGAAAUCCCAGAUGCCAGAAGCCAGCCUUCCUGAAGGAAAUCCCCAUUCAGGACGUGGCAACGCCUGACUUCACCUGUGAUGGUAUAGAGGAGAACAUCUGUUUGCCAUCGGUCCCUCGCUGUCCAGAUCCUUGCACAUGCUCAGACACAGUGGUGCGCUGCAGCAACCGCGGACUGCGCUCUCUACCCAAGGGCAUCCCUAAGGACACCACAGAGCUGUAUCUGGAAGGAAACCUGCUCACCUCAGUGCCUAAGGAGCUGAGCAACCUGAAACAACUUCUGCUUGUAGACCUGAGUAACAACAGCAUCAGCUCUCUGACUCCUUUCAUCUUCACCAAUAUGACUCAGCUCUCCACACUCAUCCUGAGUUACAACCAGAUCCGCUGUGUACCGGUGCAGGCGUUCGAUGGACUGCGUGCCUUACGUCUUCUGACUCUCCACGGAAACGACCUUUCAACUAUUCCAGAGGGAGCCUUCAACCACUUGACGUCUCUGUCUCAUCUGGCUCUGGGAGCAAAUCCACUAUAUUGUGAUUGUGAGCUUCGCUGGCUCUCUCAGUGGGUUAAAGCUGGUUUUAAGGAGCCUGGCAUCGCUCGUUGUACUGGACCACCUGACAUGGCUGACCGUCUGCUUCUGACUACACCCCUCAAUCGCUUCCAGUGCAAUGGUCCUGUUGAUCUGAAUAUGAUGUCCAAGUGCGCCCCCUGUCUGGCAAACCCGUGCCAGAACAACGGCACUUGCGUUAGUGAUGUCACAGGCUCCUACCACUGCACCUGCCCCUUUGGCUACAAGGGACGCAACUGUGAGAUCCCCAUGAAUGCCUGCCUGAGCCAACCCUGUGUCAACGGGGGCACAUGUCAUCUCUCGGCCGGUCAGGAUGGUCACUAUAGCUGCGCGUGUCUGCCUGGUUUCGAGGGCGAACGGUGUGAGGUGAACCCCGAUGAUUGCGAAGACAACGACUGCGAGAAUAACUCCACCUGCGUAGACGGCAUCAACAACUACACCUGCGUCUGCCCUUCUAACUACAGAGGAGAUCUGUGUGAAGAAGUGGUGGACCCCUGCAUGCCUGGGUUUGACCCCUGCGAGCACGAUUCCAAGUGUUUGCCUCUCAGUAAGGGCUACAGGUGUGAGUGUUUGCCAGGUUAUGUGGGGCAGCACUGUGAGCAGGACUACAAUGACUGUCUGGAGAACAAGUGUCAGCAUGGGGCAGAGUGUGUGGACGCCAUUAAUGGCUACACAUGUGUCUGUAAGGACGGCUUCAGCGGGCUGUUCUGUGAAAACCCUCCUCCAAUGAUCCUGCUCCAGAAGACGAGCCCAUGCGAUCAGUCAGACUGUCAGAACGGUGCCCAGUGUCUGCUGAUUGAAGGUGAACCUGUGUGCCGCUGUCUGCCCAGCUUCUUCGGCAACAAGUGCGAGAAGACGCUUACUGUACAGUUCCUCGGGAAGGACGCAUAUAUAGAGUUACCCGGGUCUACUAUCCGUCCUUCCACUCAUAUAUCACUGCAGGUGGCUACUGAUAAGGACAAUGGCAUGCUGUUUUAUAAGGAUGAUCACGACCCUUUGGCUGUAGAGCUGUAUCAAGGCCACAUUCGACUGAUGUACGACAUUGCCAAGUACCCUCCUACAACUGUGUACAGUGUGGAAUCGGUGAAUGAUGGACUCUUCCACACUGUGGAAUUACUGAUCCAGAAUCAAACUUUGAGCCUGGUGGUGGAUAAAGGAGCCCAUAAGAGUCUGGGCAAACUGACACGGCCACCUUCAGUGGAGCCCAGCACCCAUCUUUACAUCGGAGGCGUGCCCUCAGCGAUCAGCUCCACUGGUCUGCGUACAGGAGCUGAGCGAACAUCCCAGUCAUUCAAUGGCUGUGUCCAUAAUGUCCGCAUCAACGGGGAGCUGCAGGAGCUAAACACCGGGCUAACGGGCACAGAGGGCAUUCUGCCUGGAUGCCACUCGUGCACUGUGUGUGCACAGGGGCCAUGCAAGCAAAGGGGUGAGGCAGGUGUGACCUGUGAUUGUCCUGCCAGCAGCAGUGGCCCGCUGUGUGAGCAACAGAGCUACGCCAACCCCUGUCAGUCCAGCAGGUGUGUGCAUGGCCUGUGUGUGCCUCAGGGUUCUUCGUACAGCUGUAAGUGCGCGCAGGGUUACGUGGGGCAGUACUGUGAGAGGAGAGAGGAGCCAGCCGCCUGCAGGGGGCAUUACUGUGUACACGGGGAAUGCAGAGUGGAUGAGAGUGGAGAUCCUGCAUGCCACUGCCAGCCUGGAUACACAGGCAGCACCUGUGACACUGAACUGGCAUGUCAGGGCGAGAUGGUGCGUGAGCUGCUCAGGCGUCACAUAGGCCAGAAGACAUGCACGUCUAUCAGUAAGGUCCCCCGGGUGGAGUGUCCGCGCUCGUGUCGCCCGGGACUCUGCUGUGCCCCCACCAAGAGCCGCAGACGGAAAGUUAACUUCAAGUGCUCGGACGGCUCCUCCUUCGCCGAAGAGAUAGAGACGACCUUGGAGUGUGGCUGCUCGAAAUGCCAUUCAUAAUAAUCGCCUUCCCUGUUUCUCUUCACCUCACAUGGAGCCUGAGGGAAAGAAAAAAAUAUAUUGUACAUUUAAAGAAAAAACAAAUAGAACUUAUUUUUAUUAAGGGAAUUUUUUUCAAAGAGACUGGUUUUAUGAUGUUUCUUAUAUGUGUGAUAUAAAAGUUUUGUAUCCGUGAAAAAAAAAAAACACACACAGACACACAGAUACACAGCAGAUUAACAUUCCUGAAAGUAUAUGAAUUUUAUAUAAAUUAAAAUAUAUAUGAGUGUGUUUGGCCCAUAUGAAUCUAUAUAAAUGUACAACCUAACCUGAGGUUUCAUUAAUACCAUGUGUAUUGCAUGUCUGAGUGAGUGGGAAAGGUAUUUUUAGGACACUGAGAAGGUGUAAUGUUAAAAAAGAAUUAAAAGGACCCCGUAAUUGCAGUGAAGAAGCGCAUGAGGAACGUUGAACUCUCCCCGAUGUAAAGAGGACCGCUCAGCUGGUGAAACAGGAACUGUCCCUUGUACCCAGCCUGCAUUGUGAUAAACUAAAAGACUCAUUACUUAAAUCUCAGAGCUGAAGGAUUGGAACUGUUUAUCUCUAGAGCUCUGAAAUAGUCAUGAUACAUGCAGAUAUUUCGGAUUGGGUUUUCUUUUUGUUUUGUUUGGUUAUUGUUGUUUAUCAUAAGUCUGAGAGAAGGACAGAAUUUCAAGCAGGACGGAUCACAAAGUUAAAUGAUCUCCCCGGAUUUGCACAACACACACAAGGAAGCAUAUCGGACUGAAUGUGAACUCAUGCAGAGGUCCAGCAGUUGCCUGGUGUCUUGCUCUGAAAUUUUUUUUUUUUUUUCUGUACUACAUAUUCACAAAAACAUGACCAUGUCCCAACUCUGUUGGAAAGCUCUCCAUGUCGACGCAGUAUUCUGUCAUAACCUUACUAAUAUAUAAACACCAAUAUGUUACGCCCAUUACUACUGUAUUUUGUAUCAUAUAGCCAUAUUUUUUCACCCCCAAAAAAUGUAAACCAAUCAGUGUUCAACCCAAACACACUUACUAGUCAGUAGGUGUAUCCUCAAGAAUCAAGCCUUAGGUUAUUAUAAGUACAUUUUCUAUUGUAAAACUUAAAUAAGGUGAUGUAUGAUGAAUUAUAUUAACGACUGUAAAGAUGGUGUAACUAAUAGAUCAUUUCUGGUUAAAUAUGAACUAGAGAGUGACAAUGUACUAUGAAUGUUGAAUUAAAACUUCUAAUGAAACCUUGAA